AUGAUAAUUCUGAACCAAACAGAUGUAACACCAGCCUCAUUCAUUCUUAAUGGGAUCCCAGGACUGGAGGAUAUGCACAUGUGGAUUUCCUUCCCAUUCUGCUCCAUGUAUAUGGUGGCCAUGGUAGGGAAUUGUGGACUCCUCUACCUCAUCUGCUAUGAGGACUCCUUGCACAGGUCCAUGUAUUAUUUUUUGGCCAUUCUUUCCCUUACUGACCUUGUCAUGUGCUCUUCUAGUACAAUCCCUAAAGCUCUCUGCAUCUUCUGGUUUCAUCUCAAGGAAAUUAGAUUUGAAGAAUGCCUAGUCCAGAUGUUCUUCAUCCAUACCUUCACAGGGAUGGAGUCUGGGGUGCUCAUGCUUAUGGCCUUAGACCACUAUAUAGCCCUCUGUUACCCUCUGCACUACUCAACUAUCUUCAUCAAUCCUGUCAUUGCAAAGGCUGGGCUUGCUACUUUCUUGAGAGCAGUGUUGCUCAUCAUUCCCUUGAUUUUCUUCACCAAGAGACUACCCUAUUGCAAGGGCAAUAUAAUACACCAUACCUAUUGUGACCAGCUAUCUGUAGCUAAGUUAUCCUGUGGAAAUAUCAAGGCCAAUGUUAUCUAUGGUCUGAUGGCUGCCCUCCUCAUUGGGGGCUUCGACAUCCUGUGCAUCACAAUCUCCUACACCAUGAUCCUCUGGGCAGUGAUCAGUCUCUCUUCGGCAGAUGCUCGACAGAAGGCUUUCAGCACCUGCACUGCCCACAUCUGUGCCAUUGUUUUCUCCUAUAGUCCAGACUUCGUCUGCUUCUUUUUUAAUCAUUUUGGGAGCCAUGCAAUCCCUCCAUCUUGCCACAUCAUUGUGGCCAAUAUUUAUCUGCUCUUGCCUCCCACUCUGAACCCUAUUGUCUAUGGGGUGAAAACCAAGCAGAUUCGAGACUGUGUCAUAAAGAUCUUUUCAGGUUCUAAGAACAUCAAAUCCCAUAGCAUAUAA